UGUAGACCGAGGAGCCGUCAGUGUUUUGUACCAGCUUCGCUCUCACAGCUAUAUGGCAACUACGGCCUCUUUUCUUUCUUACUCCCGUGUGCCCACUACUCUUUAAAAAUUCCGCCGAAAAAGAGGAGACGAUCUUCCAAAACUUUGAAGCCGUUAUCUCACGGCUCCCCCUUUUCUGUGCAUGCUUAUAAGCGCUACCCAGAAGGCAUAGGAAAGGCACUCUACCGCGAGCAGUUCGACUUCAACGCCGAGCCACCUUGGGAUCCUAGCUGAUAGCGGGAGAGCUCCAUCUCCCACCUUGUCCAUUUUGUUGCAUAUUACAGGACCCAAAGGCUCAGUAAACUCUCUAUGAUUGUCGGAUCUGCGGACUACGGUUGAGAUGAAAGGAUUAACUGAUGAACUGAACUGCGUUGUUGAACUGCUCGAGGGAGGAGCAACGCUCGAAGAUGUCAUUGACAACCACAUUUAUGAACAAGCUCUUGCUGAAAAGAGUGCAUUUGUAGUGGCGGACCUGGGUGCCCUAAUGCAACAGCAUGUUCUGUGGCAGAGCACCCUGCCCAUGGUUCGACCCUUCUACCCAGUUAAAUGUAACAGCAGCCCUGCAGUCAUUGAAAUCUUGGCUGCACUUGGAGUCGGAUUUGUCUGUGCAAAUAAGGCUGAAGUUUCAGUGGUACUCAACCAUGAUGUCUCUCCUAAGAAUAUCAUCAUGUCUGGUGUUUGCAAGCAACAGUCCCACAUUAAAUACGCUGCCAAGAACGGUGUUAACUACCUGAUGUGCGACAACGAGGCAGAGCUUUGCAAGAUUGCCCGCUCUCACCCAAAUGCCAAGCUACUCCUGCAGCUGUGCACGGAAGCUCAGACAGAGGAAGCGAGCAUGGUAUUUGGCUGCUCUCUGAAGAGCUGCAGGCAUCUUUUAGAAGCAGCCAAAGAGCUGGGUGUGGAUGUAGUUGGGGUAGUGUUCCAGGUGCCAGCAACAUGCAAAGACUCCCAGGUUUAUGCUCAUGCUCUGUCUGACGCCCGCUGUGUGUUUGAUAUGGGGGAGGAGUUUGGGUUUAAUAUGGAGAUUUUGGAUAUUGGGAGUGGAUUCAGUGGCUCAGAGUUUCAGUUGAAACAUACCCUUGCUGCUAUUAGACCGUUGUUGGAGGACUAUUUUCCUGUUGGGUCUGGGGUGCGUGUUAUUGCUGAACCAGGAACUUUUUAUGUGUCUUCCUCUUUUACCCUGGCUGUAAAUGUCAUUGGCAAGAUCGCAGCCAAGGAUCUCCAUGCAGAGCUUACACCCAGUGACCACCCAGAGUUUUUGUACUACUUGAGUGAUGGUGUUUUUGGAUCUUUCGUUGGCAAGCUGAUGGGAAGCACCAUUCCAUUCCCCGCAGUACACAAGAUGUCCUUCACAGCAGAUGAACCAGUGUUUUCCAGUAGCCUGUGGGGACCAUCUUGUGAUGCUUUGGACCAGCUGGUAGAGCAUUGCCUCCUCCCUGAGCUAUCUGUGGGAGACUGGCUCAUCUUUAAAAACAUGGGAGCCAGUGGCCAUGAGGAAGCUGCAGUAAUCAGUGACUCAGAAAAGCCACCAGUAUAUUACACUAUUUCAACAAGUGACUGGUUUUUGAUGCAGGAGGCUGGACUCUGUCUUGAUACCAUGAAGAACUUUUUGUUACUCCAGGAUGGCUUGUAGUUAUAAACUCCAACCCAUCCAACAUCCAUGGAUGGAACAGUAAUGCACAGGCUUUAGGACAAGAGGAUAACUUGUCUUUGGGAACAAUAAAUUAGAUUUGAUUUUUAAUUUCCUACACUGAUUUGAUUAAACUGCUUAUUUUCUUUGUUAGCCAAUGAAUGGAUGAGUCAAUGAGCCUCAUGUUUGGUAAUAUGCAACAAAAUGGAUGACUGUGGAGAUGGAAUCCCUGCAGUGGGUUUUGAAUUUUAAAAUGGUUUACAUGUGUAUUCAAUAAUUUAAUUAUAUAUACUGAUUACCUGCUGACAAGCUUGUAAAUGAGUUGUCUCUUGCUCCAUCAUGCACUUGUCUAUUAAAAUCCAAUGUCAUUUUAAUGAGUUAUAGUAGAGUAGAAUCAAACUUGUUACAGUCCUGUGUGGAGAUUAACACAGUUAAAAUUUGAAUAUUAAUUUGAUUAGUGACUACCCAUUGCUUUUGGCCAUGGGUUUGUAGACCUGUGGAGUAAAUUUGAGCUCAUGUGUUGUAUCUAAAUUACAGUACAUAUAUUGUGGCAGUAUUUUCCAGUAUUGCUGUGUAUUUCAUGCUGUUCAUGGUUAUAUUGUACUGUGAUUGACUGUGUGACCCCCCAAAGGCGUUAUUUAAGAAUGAUAUAAGAGUAGACACAUGCUCCUUUUUCUUGUACAAAGAAACCAAGAAUAUAUGUCUGGCAUUUAAGGAACUUAAUACUGGAAAAGAUGACCAAGCAGGAUUAUUCAAAAUAUCAGUGACGGUACUGUAAAUACUGCAAGUCUCAAAUGCUUUUUACCACAGAGAAAGCAAAUGUUAGACUUCUUACUGUAAAUAGCUAUUUAAGAUUUGAUCAUAUUAUUCACUGACAUUUGGUUUCAUGAUGGGCACAUACAUAUAUUUAUGUAUUUAUUAAGUAGUCUCUGUAAAGAAGAAAAUGAUCUGAAAAGCAGUCUAGACUUUUUAAAAUGGUGUAACAUUUCAAUCACUGGUUUAGAUUCAGUAUAAAAGUUCAGGUUUAUUUUAAAAUGUUGGUCAUUAUAAGGGUUGAUCUUAUCUUGAAGAGCUUUUUACUUUCUCAGAAGCCUUGUCAAAUUCUUGAUGUUUUUCUCCCAGGUAAUAAAAUCUGCCCUAUAUCAAUUAGAUCUUUUGUCUAAGGCAGUAAUCAUGGACCAUUGCCUGUUUUUAACUGUGAAUUGUGUUAAAGUGAUUAAACUGCUAACAUUAAAAUAACACAUUUUCCUCUAUAAAA